CAACGGUACCUUUUCCUCCAGAUUGGUCUGCGCAAUCAAGAUGGUGGCGCCGCAACACAAUGGGAGCGACGAGACGUCCAACGCCCAGAGAAGCAUACCUGAAAACAGCAAGCAGAGCAAUGGCAGCGCCGGCGCUAACGAUAAGGCUGCAGGCAAGGGCAAAGGCAAGAACAAAGGCUCAUCCCCAGCGCUCGACCCCGCCAUAAUCGAAGCAAAGCGUAAAGCUCGCGCCGAGAAGAAGGAGCGUGAGGAGCAAGAACGUGUACGAAAGGAAGAAGAAGCCGCAAGUGGAAGCGCACCUAUUGCAGUAGACGCUCAGGGUCGUCCGCUAUACCGACCGAGAGAAUGGGCAGCUGUCAAUGCAGUCGAUGGUGUUGAGCAGCAGCAUGGUCAGCCAUUACAAUCACGAUCUUGUCGCCCCCGCAUCAAAGUCCUCAGCUGGAACAUGCUCGCCCAAGGUCUAGUCCGCCGCAAGCUAUUCCCAGGAAGUGAUGCCAUGCGCUGGAAGGACCGUGAAGCAGGCCUGUCCGCCGAGCUGCUAGGGCACGGAUUCGACGUUGCCUGCUUGCAGGAGGUGGAUAGGGUGGAGACGCAUACAGCUACGCUCAGCAAAGCUGGAUACUCGCAUCUGUACGCCAAGGGGUACGCGCAGAAGCAGCAUGGCUUGAUGCUUGCCUGGAGAAGCAGCUCACGUAGGCAGGGGGCGAAACCACCGCUCUUUGAGGAGAAGCCUGCGGCGAGUAGGAUCGUGUAUCUGGACGACGAAGAAGUGGCUGCCGGAAGGACGGGCUGCUCGAGGGUGACGAGGAACAUCGGAAUUGUGGCUGCUUUGCCCUUCGUGAAGGAAGACGCCCAGCCUGCCGCGGACCCAGGCGGUAUCAUCCUCGCUACAACGCACCUGUUUUGGCACCCAAUGCACGGCUACGAGCGGCUCAGACAAGUCGGGCUCCUUGUGCGGGCAAUCGACCGCUUCAGACGGUCCUCAGUAGGGAACGACACCAUCGCGCCCGUGUGGGCAGAUUGGGCAGUCGUCUUCGCGGGCGACUUCAAUGAUCAGCCGCACUCAGCCAGCUAUGCCUGCUUGACGGGCAGGCUGCCCAUCGAUGAGCAUGGGAGGGAGGAGAUCAGACAAAGCUCUGUCGUACACAAGAGCGUUGAUGAGAAGAGGGAGAGGGAGAGGCAGACUGGUGCGGCUGCGCUGCAGGAGGAGAAGCAGGGGCAGGCGGCAUCUACGUGCGAGGAGCAGGAGAGCGAUGCGCUGGACGAGGCGGAGGCUGAGGACGCGGAAGGUGAAGGAGAGGAGGAAGAAGAAGGGGGAGCAGACGAUCAGAUCCUCAAGAAUUGUCGUCCUGCCACUCCCUCUGACGGCCUCCUCAGGCUGGAGGAGCUGGAAGCCCUCUUCGACCUCUCCUCCUGCUCGGUCUCUUCAUCGACUCCUCCUCGUCACCUGCGCUCAGCGUAUGGCUCCUCCUUUCCUCAACUAUGCGGACAAGACGAGAGUGACAAUCUCUUCUCAACGCCUACUCGAGGGCGGGAGCGAUGGGACGAUCCAGACUGGAAGGAGGGAGAUCCCAAUGUGCACACUUGGCUGGCGGGGACACAAGCUGGAUGCGAGCCCAUGUGGACUCUCUUCUCGAGCUUGUUCAGCUUGACGCUGGACUUUAUCUUCCUCUUCCCUAGGACGAAGAGCGAGGGAAAGGAAGGGGUAGAGUAUCCAAAGGUGACAAAGCUGCUGAGGACGCAUAGGACGGAGGUGCUCAAGGAGGGCUUGCCCAGAAAGGGCAUCUGCGUUAGCGAUCAUGUGGCCAUUGGGGCUGAGCUGGAGCUAUGAUUGUAUUCAAAUGUAGCAAGAGGAUAGCAAGACUGUAUACAAUAGAAGGUCAACCAGUUGAGCGAUGCAACCGCUGUUGAGAAUUGAUGCAAGAAAUGGCCGG